CCCUGUUGACAAAAUCGAUAAAUUUCUUCAACACCGAAAACAAAGGAAGUGCCGGUUCACUACGCCUGACAUUUCCUCUAAACGUCGCGUAAAAGUUUCUUUAAAUAUGAAUAAAAAGACACAAAUGGAAGAAUAAUCAAAAUCGGAUUCUCGCGAUUGUUUCUAACCUCAAAUUAUAAGUCAUAAAUUAGUCCUGCGUCGUAAUUCCGAGGCGUUCUGAAUUCCAACCGCGUCGAGUUUUAAAAAAGUGAUCAUUUUUCUGGGAUUUUGGGGUGAAUCAGAAAUUAUUUAUGGGACAUACGGCUCCAGAUUGGGAAAUGGUUCAGAGCAAAGGCGAAUUUCAUGAAAAAUUCAACCUGGAGGGAAAAGAUGAUUCCCACAACUUGUUGAGCAACAUGGUCGACGUUCGUGCUUGCUACAAGCCCAGUGAAAAAUCAUGGUUCCGUGGAGUACGAAGCAGCAAAUUCCGUCACGUUUAUGGCGUUCCAGCCAAGAGAGAAAAAUGUUACGACAACAUCAAAAUCACGAAAAAUGCCCAUGAUUCUCAAUUCUGUGCAGUCAAUCCAAAAUUCUUGGCAAUCGUCACGGAAGUCGCUGGCGGGGGUGCUUUUCUUGUUUUACCGCUCGAUAAUACUGGUCGGCUGGAUUUUAAUGCCAGUAGAGUAACUGGACAUACGGGCCCUGUGCUCGACAUUAAAUGGAAUCCCUUCAAUGACAACGUUAUUGCUUCUUGCUCCGACGAUUGCACGGUAAUUUAUUUAAAUAUCAAGGGGUUUCUUUUUCACAGAAUUUUGCAGGAAGGUGUCUGCCAUGCGGGUACAAAGGCGAGUAAAGUAGUAUUCCUAGGAAGUUCCGGUCGCUUGCUGACCACAGGAUUUAGCAGACAUUCUGACAGACAAUACGCAGUAUGGAGUCAGCAUGACCUUUCGAAUCCACUGGCCUGUGAAACAAUAGACUCGUCCAGUGGAAUUGUUUUCCCCUUCUAUGAUCAUGACACGAAUAUGGUUUAUCUUGCCGGAAAGGGUGACGGUAAUAUUCGAUAUUAUGAAGUGGCGAAUGAAGCUCCCUGGGUUCACUUCCUCAGCCAAUUUAUUUCAGGAAAUCCGCAGAGAGGUUUGGGCAUUAUGCCCAAAAGGGGUGUCAGCACUUCCACCUGCGAGGUUUUCAGGUUCUUCAAACUUCACGCAACAAGAGGAAUGUGCGAACCGAUUUCUAUGAUUGUUCCACGAAAGAGCGAUCAAUUUCAAGAGGAUUUGUAUCCAGAUACGAUUGGAACAAUGCCAGGUCUCUCCGCAAAGGAUUGGAUCAGUGGAAUGAAUAGUCCACCGCUUUUAAUAUCAUUGAAGACUGGUGGUAGUAUCACUACUCAUAAACCCCGAGUUUAUAAACCGCCGCAAUUGCCUCCUGCAACUGAUGUAAACAACAAAAAGAAGUUUGCAUUCUUGUCAACUGAAACGGUGCCCGACUAUCGAUCAGUCGAACUUUUGGAUAUGUCUGAGAAAAGCCAGAAGACUUCCUGCAAUCAGUUGCAGCAGAAAUUCAGCCACCUACAGAAUAAUAUAGUGUCAGAGCAGAACAACAAACUGGAGGAGGACAUUCCCAACAACGAGGCCGAGCUGAGAUUAGCUUUUGCAACUCAAACCGACGAAUUGAGACUCGUACGUCGUCAGCUUGCCAACAGUCAAUUGCGCGUCAAGGAACUCGAAGAGCAAGUUCGAAAAUUGCAAAAUCACUGAACUCUUCUUCACUGACGAAGCAUUUUAUAACUCGCAUUCGUAGUCAACUUUCUGUGACAUGAUAUCGGAGUUUACCAUCUCCAAGGCAUGCUUUUUUUCCAAGCAGGUGCUUCUAGAAACUACAA